AUGUCCUUGUACUUCAACACCAUGUGCGGCGUCGCCGACAGCACUACUACCCACAACGACUCGGGGCAGCUGCACGCCAACAUUAUAGGUUUUAGCGUACUCAUCCCUCCAGGAAUCAAUGUAAACAAAACAUUAGAUCAGACUAAAACCUCCAAUGAAGCACUCAACGGCUUUGCGAAUACGGACAGUAUGUCGCAUUACUUCAGCACCAUGCGCGGUGUCGCGGACAGCGACGAUCACCACAUGUCUAAGGAAGACAUGAGCGCGUUCUUCAACUUCGAGCGAUACGAGCAGGAUCGUGUUGCCGAAAUGGCCAACGCGAUGCCGAGCACACCUGUCACCGAGCCUGCGAUCGGCAUUGAUGCCUACGCACCUACUCCGGCUCCCGGCCCUACCCCCGGGAAUGCCACGGUUCCUGGUCCCGCACCGGCCGCCGGUGCGCCCAUCAUUCAACCCGGUGCCCAUCUUUGCGUGAAGCACUUGAAGUUUCACAGGUCGAGGGCAACCGAGCGCUUGGUGGCUCAACGUCUCAGGAAUGGCCAGUACACGUGCUCAGGAAAGUACUGCGGCCCUGUGGCUACCCCCAACACCAGCUGCGACGCUUGCAGGCAGCGCCUCAGGGCUCGCCGUCUGCGCAAGAAGCUGGCCCUCGCUGGAAAUGGCGACCCGCCUACCGGCGGCGGUGCUGCUUCCUCGGCUUGA